CUUCAAGACUCAGACAUGGCUGACGGGCCGGUUGCUCAGUUGCUCCUGCAGCGGCUGGAAGGCGGCGAUGGGGGUCUGGACAGCUUGGAGCUGGCGAGCGCGCUGGGCCUAGAUCACCAAGUUGUGGUGGGCGCCGUCAAAAGCCUGCAAGCUUUGGGGGAGGUCAUUGAAGCUGAACUCCGAUCCACCCAACGAUGGGAGCUUACGCCUGAGGGCCAGGAGACAGCCCAGGAUGGAAGCCAUGAGGCGAGGGUCUUCCACAGCCUCCCUCCUGAGGGUCUGGUGCAGAGUGAACUCAUGAAACUGCCCAGUGGCAAGGUGGGCUUCAGCAAGGCCAUGUCCAACAAGUGGAUCCGUGUGGAGAAAAAUGCACCUGGUGGGCCCCGGGUGUUCCGUGCUGUGGACAACGUGCAGGACUUGGUGCAGGCAAAACUGCGGCUGGUACAGGAAGGAGAAGCCGAGCGUCUGAGUGAAAAGGAGAGGAACGAACUGAAGAAGAGGAAGCUGCUGUCCGAAGUGACCCUGAAGACCUACUGGGUGAGCAAGGGCAGUGCCUUCAGCACCAGCAUCUCCAAGCAGGAGGCUGAGCUCAGUCCUGAGAUGAUCUCCAGUGGCUCCUGGAGGGAUGUGAAAUUCAAAGCAUACAACUUCUCAUCAAAAGGUAUCUUACCUGAGGGUGGUCACCUGCACCCAUUGAUGAAAGUUCGCACCCAGUUCCGACAGAUCUUCCUGGAGAUGGGCUUCACAGAAAUGCCAACCGACAACUUCAUCGAGAGCUCCUUCUGGAACUUUGAUGCCCUCUUCCAGCCCCAGCAGCACCCAGCCCGGGACCAGCAUGAUACUUUCUUCCUCAAGGACCCAGCAGAGGCCCUGGAUUUCCCUAUGGAUUACGUGGAGCGUGUAAAGCGGACUCACUCCCAGGGUGGCUACGGCUCUCAGGGAUACAAAUAUGACUGGAAAAUGGAGGAGGCCCAGAAAAACCUCCUCCGGACACACACCACAGCUGCCAGUGCUCGGGCACUCUAUCGCCUUGCCCAGAAGAAGCCCUUCUCCCCAGCCAAGUACUUCUCCAUCGACCGCGUUUUCCGCAACGAGACGUUGGACGCCACCCACCUGGCUGAGUUCCACCAGAUCGAGGGGGUGGUAGCUGAUUACGGCCUCACCCUGGGCCACCUCAUGGGCAUCCUCAAAGAGUUCUUCACCAAACUUGGCAUUACGAACCUGCGCUUCAAGCCAGCCUACAACCCCUACACCGAGCCCAGCAUGGAGGUCUUCAACUACCAUCAAGGUCUGAAAAAGUGGGUGGAGGUGGGGAACUCAGGGGUCUUCCGGCCAGAGAUGCUGCUGCCCAUGGGGCUGCCCGAGGGCAUAUCUGUCAUUGCCUGGGGCCUUUCUCUGGAGAGACCCACAAUGAUCAAGUACGGCAUCAACAACAUCCGAGAACUGGUGGGACACAAAGUGAACCUGCAGAUGGUGUACGACACCCCUCUGUGUCGCCUGGACACCUAAUGCUGGUCUCCGGGCUCGUCUGACUCUCUGCCUGCGGGGUCACCUAGUGUUCCUUCGGUCUCUGCCUGGACCCUCGGACUCCUAGAGCCAAGCCGGCCCCUCCUAGCCUUGGGUAGCGUUCCUUUCACCGCCCGGAGCCUCAGUAUCUGGGACUUAGCGGGGUCUGCACCCUCUGUCUGCCCACCCCUCCCCUGCGUAUUUAUCUUCUGAAAGCCAAGCCUGGGCAGCAGCCCUCCUCCUGGUCUACUUCCCAGGCAUCCUUCCUCCUCCACGUAGGGCUGCGUCCCAGAGCAUGUGCACCUGAGCCAGUGUCCGCCCCCUUUCCAGGUCUCAAACAACCACACAUCUGUUCAUGAAUAAAGUAGUUGUGAUUCCUUUG